CAUCCCGAGAUAACUACUAAGGCCCCCGUACUCACCAACAAGGCCGCCAACCCUCUGCCGGGCAUUUACUCGCAGGUGAUCGUUGCCAAUAGUGUUGUGUACUGUUCUGGUGAUUAUUGCCAUGGAUCCUAUCACGGGGACAAUCAUCGAUGGCGAUGUCAAGGCCCACACGGUUCGUCAGCCACACCCUUUUUGUACCGCCACCAAUCAAUCAAAAACUUGAGCCACAUUCUGGAAAAAGCCGGCACCGAUAUCAACAAAGUCCUCAAAGUCAACGUCUUCCUAUCCGACAUGGAUGAUUUUGCCGCGAUGAACUCGAUUUACGUGCAGUACUGGGGGGAUGGGAAGCCCUUCAAAACAUUACCGCUGAAUACCGACGUGGGAAUUGAGUGCAUCGCCGUGCCAUAG